AUGCCGGCCGAAAUCCUCAAGGCCGUUGUCGACCUCGUCGCCAUGCCGCUCGCCCAACUGCUCGACGAAGGUCUAACUACAGGACGGCCUAUCCAGCUCGGCGAAUGGACGCUGAUCUGCCUGCCCAAGCCCAACAAGCCGCAAGGCGUGUGCUCGAGCCUCCGCCCGAUC